AAUUGUCAUUGUUAUCUGACAUUGGCUCGUAUCCUGUUGUGCUUUGAAUAUUCUCUGAUAUUACAGUUAGAAUCACAAUAAUAUCAUAAUCGUACAUACGAUACGAACAUGCUCCAAAGAGGUAAACAACUGAUAGUGUAGUUAAAGUCUAACCGCGUCCGCAAAAUGUCCGCGUCCCCGUCUACUCCCGAUGCGGCGCAUCCACGGUUUUUACAAAAACCUAUACUAAAUCUUGGUGGGUUGAGAAUAGCCCUGGUCCAAAUGGCUGUGGGUAUGGACAAGAAGAAGAAUGUAGCAGCUGCAGUCCAACAGAUUCACAAAGCCAAAGAGAACGGAGCACAGCUUGUAGCAUUGCCAGAGUGCUUUAAUGCUCCUUAUGGCACAAAAUACUUCAAAGAAUACGCAGAGACUGUACCGGAUGGGGAGACGUCGCUAGCGCUACAAGAGGCGGCGAGGUCCGCCGGCGUGUGCGUGGUGGGCGGCACGCUGCCGGAGCGAGCUGGCUGCUAUCUGUACAAUACUUGCACUGUAUGGGAUAAUUGCGGGAACCUCGUCGCGCAGCAUAGGAAGGUACACCUAUUCGAUAUAGACAUCCCCGGCAAGAUAACGUUCAAGGAGUCAGACGUGCUGUCGGCCGGAGACCACAUCACCACGUUUGAGUUCCUCGGCGUGAAGAUAGGCCUCGGUAUCUGUUACGAUCUGCGCUUCUUUGAGAUGGCGCAGAUCAUGUCUAAAGAAGGGUGUUCCGUCCUAAUAUACCCGGGAGCAUUCAACAUGACGACAGGUCCCCGACACUGGGAGCUCCUGGGCAGAGCCCGAGCUAACGACCUACAACUAUGGGUAGCCCUCGUCAGCCCCGCGAGGGACACGAAGGCGGAGUACGUGGCGUGGGGACACUCCAUGCUGAUCGAUCCUUGGGGGAAAGUGGUCCAGGAGUUGGAUGAGAAGCCUGGGUUACUGUGUGCUGAUAUUGAUCUGAGAAUGGUAGAAGAAGUAAGAAGUCAAAUCCCCGUGAGAAGUCAGAGAAGAACAGAUAUUUACGACACCAUCAGCACACACGAUGAGAACUGACAUUUAUGACACAUUCGGCCAUUAAAAGUGACGUCACAACCAAGGUUCACAAAAGAUUUUCGUCAAACCAUGUACAUACUUUACUUUUGACAAAAUAAUAAUUUGUGCAAAAUUGUGUCUUAUUACAACGAUAUAAGAAUGAUGUUAGAAUGACGACGAGUAAAUAAUAAGUUGUGAAUUUUGUGGACCUUAUGUAGUGGAGUCAAGUUUCAUUUUCCAAUGGCAAUCUGUUAAAAGGUAAAUAAAUGGUUUGUGUAGGUAUAGGAAGUGGUAUGAA